AUUAAAUUCAUCACAAAAUCUAGCAGCCAAAAAAAAGGGAUUAACAAUUGACGGCGAGAAUGAAAUCCACGCGCUGCUGCUCUCAGUGCGGCAGCCAUGGACACAACUCUCGUACCUGCCGAAUUCCGCCGUCAAACGGUGGCGGAAGCGGCGGCGGUAUCAUGCUGUUUGGGGUGAGGCUGACUGAGGACCCGAUGAGAAAGAGUGUGAGUAUGGGCAACCUGGACCAGUAUGCACACGCAAGCGACGUGGCUAAGCGUGAUUCCGUUCAGGAUAAGGUCGUCGCCGAUGACGCCGGAUAUGCUUCCGCUGAUGACGCCGACCACCGGUCGUCUGGCUCCCGGGCGCGCAAGCGAGGAGUUCCAUGGACUGAAGAGGAGCACAAGUUGUUCUUGAUGGGGUUGGAGAAAUUUGGCAGGGGAAAUUGGAGGGGGAUUUCCAGAAAUUGUGUUAAGACCCGAACGCCAACGCAAGUAGCAAGCCAUGCUCAAAAGUAUUACAACCGGAUUAGCAACCAAAAUACUGGACGUCGUCGCCGAACCAGCCUUUUUGACAUUACUGCUGACCCUGCGCCUGGGAACCCAUCAGAAGAGUCUACAGAUCAUCAAGAUGGUACAUCAAAGGCAAUUGUGCCCACGACUUCAUUGCCUCAUGCAGAAAGUUCUGGAGUGAACGGAUAUGCAGUUGCUCCAUUUUCAGUCACAGUUCCUUAUUUUGUGCCAGUUCAGGUCCAGCGCUCCAUGGCUAAUGUACCUGUUUACCAGAGUAACAGUUAUAGUUAUGCUCCAGCUGCCUUUCUUCAGCCAGUUCCUGUUCCUGUUGUCGCAGCUCCUAAUGCAUCCUCAUCAGUUCUUAACUUAAACGAUCGCGUGGGAGCUGAGCCAUCACCAUUGUCUUGGAAGUUGUCAUUGUCGUCGCCGCCCCAAUCACCAAGGUGGUAUCCAGUUCCUAGGUCUCCAAACUUCAAUGGUGGAAAUGGCUUUGUUACUGUGGCUUGAUAUCGAGCUGCGCAUACUCUAGGGAUGUGAAUGACAAGUACAGAAUAAAGAAAGAGUAUUUGCCCUCUAUGUAGGGUAAAGAGAUAGAUUAUCUUAGGAAAGUUUUGAAUUAGGAAGAAAGAAAAAAUAGGAUCACUGUGACUAGCUCAUUCAUCUUUUGACUGGUUUUUUGGUUAAAUCAAUUAGAUUUUUGUUUAAUUUCCUUGACUUUUAUUGGUAGCUUGGGUAUAUAUAUUUCUAUCUUGGUGAGGCUGGAAAAUGUUUAUUCAGAUAAGAGAAUACUUGCCUGCUGAGGAUAGUGGAAUUGAAUUUCUAGGUAUCCUCUUUUUCUGCAGGAAUGUUUUUAUGUAUGUUAGUGAGAAGUGAGAAACCUAAGGCUGAUGGACCUCUGGCGACGCCGAGAUUUGCUAACCUCUCAGUUGGCUGAAAACAUAACCUUAGGUUAACGGGGAGCCUUAACAAUUUUGUAUGGAGCCAACUUCAUUUCCUUCUGUACUUGUGGCACCGAGAUUUUUCGACCUCUCAAUCAGCCGGAAAACAGCCACGGCCUACACUGAGGACUAUCUCGGUGUACGUUUGAACUUGGUGAUUCUAUUAAUAAUUUACUCAUUUGGGAGUUUUCAUUCCAUAUUCAGGAUAAUGUUAUGCAAAUGAAUCUCCCAAGUCAGCUGCUUUCCUCAUGGUGUCACACUGUCGUUACAGUAGUAAAACACACUUGGCUUGGGAACAGGAACAAUAGUAUCGCCUCAAUACACAAUGACAUUUGAAUUUUUCCCUACUCGUAUUUCUUCCCUGAUUUAUCGACCACAUUCCCGCUCUUCAUUUCUUACAGUUCUCAAAAACUCCAUGUUGACCUCAUGAGGCUAGUCUUUUAAAAUCUUUGUAGACAAGAUUUGAUCUUUUUU